AUGUACCUGCGACAAAAUUCACGUACUUAUUCGGGAUUUCAAAAUAAAUCUUGGCCUGGACAUCCUACUCCAGACAAUGGACAACAAAUGGGUAGACAAGACAAAGAGGAUGGGAAGAGCAGAGAAUCUUUGGAUUCAGCGGGGAAAACAAAGUCUUUCAGUCGUCUCCUUGAACGAUUUGCUGAGAAGACUUCAAUGCAGGGUGUAGGCUACAUAAACAGUGCUAAAUUAUUGUACGCCAAGGUCAUUUGGACAUUUCUUCUCAUCGGCUGUACUGCAGGGAUGGGUUUACAUUUGUACUAUCUUAUUUAUCACUUCAUGCAAUUUCCUGUACAAACAAAAAUUGAAUUGGGAUUUAGCAAUCUUAUAUUUCCUGCAGUGACAAUUUGUAACGUGAAUCCAAUUCGUACGAGUAAACUAGAUAUGGCUUCUGAAAACAUUCAAUCACUUGUCGAGACAUUGAAAUGGUCUGAUUUACAGAAGUCCGACGAAGAAACAACGACACAGGGUGCCAGACGGAGAAAACGGUUUGUUGACGAGCUUUCAGAAAUAAAUAAGAGUACGUUUUCUGAUUAUGGUGAAAUGAAUUACUUCUAUGAUUAUGAUUAUGAUGAUUACGGAUUUAGUGACCAACAAGACGAAAGACUUUGGAUUUUAUCUUGGUUUAGAGAGUUAUAUAAAGAUGAAGAUAGGGACAACAAAGUAGAAAUGGGGCACCAAAUAGAAGAAAUGCUGAUAUCAUGUACUGUUGGAAAAUAUAAAUGUUAUCCAAGCAAUUUCACGGUUCUACAGCACGAUGUAUAUGGUAAUUGCUACACAUUGAAAACAGGAAGUUUGAAAAUUACUAAAGCAGGACCCUUAAAUGGGCUCUCAUUAAUUCUAUAUAUGGACAAAGAAGAAUAUCUCAAACAAAUCAGUGAAGGAUACGGGGCGCGAGUACUGAUCCAUAACAGAGACACCUACCCAUAUCCAUUAGAGGAAGGGGUUUUUGUACCAUCAUCAAGUGAAACACAGAUUGGCUUACGCAUGUUUUGUCAGACAUUAUGCUCUCAAGAAUUGUUCUUCAAAACAUGUGGUUGUUAUGAAGAUGAUGUGACAGAACUGUACUACCAGAUAAACACCGGAGAAUCUGAAAAAUUUUGUCACACAAAACAAGACACUCAAUGUAUGAAUAAAGAACGAGCGAGGCAAAACAAACAAAAAGCAGAAUGUGACUGCAAAAAUCCUUGUAGGGAAAAUCAAUUUUUGAAAACCAUUAGCUACCGAAACUGGCCAACUGAAGAUUUAUUGGUUACUUUAGCAGGUGUUGUAUGUGAUAAAAUUCCAGGUCAAUGCCAAGAUGCGUCAAAUUUAUAUGGGCAAACUGAACUCUACAAGAAAAGUUUGAACUACGUUAAAAUCAACAUUUAUUACGAAGAUCUGAAUUUUGAGAGGAUAGUAGAAUCUCCAGAAAUCGACAAUGCGCAGUUUGCUUCAGAUGUAGGUGGUGCAGUAGGACUUUGGAUUGGAUUAUCUUUCUUAAGUAUGUUCGAAGUUGUACAGCUGCUUUUAGAGUGCUGUGCAUUUGCUGGUCAUAAAUGUACAAAUAGAAGAAGGAGAAGAAACGGAAGGCACAGACACAAUAAAUGGCUUAAAACAAAGGAAAAUAUAUACUCAACAGAAAAAGAUAACAAAAAAUCUAACUUUUCUAAAAAGGAAUCGGAAAAUAAUUUACAGCUAAAUAAACGUUAUCAGAAUCUAUAUACUGAGAGGUCGCACAAAUAUAAUUAUAUUGACAACAGAGUAUGAACUGAAUACUGUAAACCAACUUAUUUUCGCGGAUACUUUAUUUCGCGUUUUACCCUUUCUUGCCCACUUCGUGGCUAUUUAACUUCGCGAUUAUCUGAUUUCCUUGAUGAAGUUUAUUAAGAAAAGAUCAAAGAUUGACAUAUUCGCGACGAUUUAUAUUAGCGUUAUUAUUCUACUCGCGAAAGUCGCGAAAAUAAAUCGCUCGCGAAAAUAAGUUGGUUUACAAUAUCUAGAAUUG